AUGGCCUCGUCGAUCCUCAAGAAGCCCGUCAAGCUGGCGUGCGUGCAAAUCGCCGCGGGCGCUGACAAGCAGGCGAACCUCGACCUCGCCGCCUCGCGCGUGCGGGCCGCCGCCGCCGAUGGCGCCAAGAUCAUCGUGCUUCCCGAGUGCUUCAACUCGCUCUACGGCUGCGACUUUUUCCCGCGCUAUGCCGAGGCGCUGCUGCCGUCGCCGCCGCCGAAGGAGCAGUCGCCCUCGUUUCAUGCGCUCGCCGCCAUGGCCGCCGAGACAAAGACCUACCUCGUCGGCGGUUCGAUCCCAGAGCUCGUCGAGGAACAGGGGCCCGACGGCGUCGUCAAGCGGUACUACAACACGAGUCUGACGUUUGGCCCCGACGGCGGGCUGCUGGCGACGCAUCGCAAGACGCACCUCUUCGACAUUGACAUUCCCGGCAAGAUCACGUUCCGCGAGUCGGACGUGCUGAGUCCCGGCAACAAGGUGACAAUUGUCGACCUGCCCGAGUACGGCAAGGUGGCCGUGGCCAUCUGCUACGACGUGCGGUUCCCCGAGAUGGCGACCGUCGCGGCGCGCCGGGGGUGCUUCGCCCUCGUGUACCCGGGUGCCUUUAACCUGACGACGGGGCCGAUGCACUGGAAGCUGCUGGCGCAGGGCCGGGCGCUCGACAACCAGAUCUACGUCGCCAUGUGCAGCCCCGCGCGGGACCCGGACGGGCCAUACCAGGCGUGGGGUCACAGCAUGAUCGUCGACCCGCUGGCCCAGGUCGUGGCCGAGACGGACGAGAAGGAGUCGACGGUCGUGUGGGAGCUUGACGGCGCCAAGAUUGAGGAGGUGCGGAAGAACAUUCCCUUGACGACACAGAGGCGGUUCGAUGUGUACCCCGACGUGAGCAAGGGCGACGUCAAGUACGAAGAGCCAGGGCAGCCGGGAUCGUAA